AUGCUGCACACCAUCCGCAUCACCGAUGUGGCCGCCUCCACGUCGGUGGUCGAUCCCGGCUGCCUACAGGAGGGCCGGCCGCCCGACCCGUACCUCCUGAUCAAGUCCCACCGCAUCGCGGUGGGCAGCCGCCAAGACUUCCAGAGCCGCACCUCCACCCCCAGAUUCCCAGGCCCAUAUGUAGUGAGCUUCGGCGGUAUCAAGGAUGCUGCGCAGUUGAUGGUGGAGCUGUGGGACCACAACAGUGGCAAUGGCAACGAUGCGGUCCUCGAGCAGGUGACGAUUGACUUCCAGCAUGAGGCCUCCGAGGGUACGAAGACUUGGCAGAUGUCUGCUGGUGGCACGAUGACGCUGACCUGGGCCAUCACCUCAGAGCCACUCUUCACCCCCCCCUCCACGCCCGACCUGCUGCGGAUAUCACGGGUGGCCGCGCAGGACCUGAGCCUACUGGUGGAGGAAGGUGUCCCAAUUGAGCCGUACAUACUCAUGACGGGGGUGGCUUCGGAAGUUCAAGACAGGUGGCAACCGUCGGGCACCGAUCGGGAGAAUCCUGUCUGGGAGGAUGCCCGUGAACUCUUCUUGGAUCUUCAAGGCUACACCGUGGAGGUGUGGAGCACUUCGAAGGAUGGAGGAGGAGAUCGCCUCUUGGGCGACUCGCUCUUCCUGCCGGCCCCGGGGCCGGGGGCCGAGGCGACUCUCGACCUGCUGGGUGCAAGAGGCACAUCUCGACUGCAGAUUGCCUACAGCGUGCAAGCGAACGGACCAGGCGCGUCUCCUCCGCGGGUGGUGCGGAAGGAGAUCCGCUCGAUGCCACAAGCUGAGCAGCAGCGCUUCCUUGCGGCCCUCCAGAAGCUCAUGGAGAACAAGGAUGGGCCUCAGACCUCCGAAUGGUUCCGCCUGGCCGCCUAUCAUGGCUGGCCGGAGGACUACUGCCAGCAUGGUCAGGAGACUUUUCCGGGGUGGCACCGCGCCUACCUUUGCGAAGUGGAGCAGGCCUUGAUCAAGGCGGACAAGGAGCUGGGAAAUGAUGGCAGGAUUGGGCUGCCAUACUGGGACUGGUCGAAGCUGGAGGUGAAUGGGGAGGUAUUGCCCAAGAUCAUCCGGGAGAACUUCGCGGAGAUACCGGCGGGCCUGGUGAAUCCGUCCGAGGCCGGCGAGCUUGCCCGGCGGGGCUUUUCCGACCUCAGCUCGGACGACCGCCUCAGGCAGCAGCUGAUCUCCAUGCAGGUCGCCCGGGCAGCUGAGCAGUGCCUCACGGAGAACGAGCAUUGGCUGCAUGCCUCCACGCGGGGGAGAGGCUUCUCCGUGGAGCAUCCUCACAACAGCGUCCACGUGGCCAAGAGAGACUUGUCCAUGCCCUCCCUCUAUGAGGCCCUGCGAGUGAGCAAUUCUGCUGCAGAGGGAGAAGUGCGCUCUGCUUACCGGCGACAGGCGCUAGCAACCCACCCAGACAAGGGUGGAACGCCAGAGGCUUUCAGGCUUGUGGUCGCUGCUUUUGAGACCCUCACGGAUCCAGUGCGUCGGGCAGCAUAUGACCAGCAGUUGGCGCGCAAAGCCGCGCUGGAGACACGGCGAGGCGACAUGAAUGGCCCCAGCCAGGGUUCCAAGCCGACGAAGAGGCCAAGGGACCAAGGCGAACGGAGGGAACCAAAGAAGGCAAGGGGCCAUGACGUGAGGGCGGCGGACAAUGCUGCGGCAAGUUCUCCUGGAGCUGAGCAAAGUCCUCAAGACCCCAGCCACAAAACAGGCACGGAGAAGCUGCCGGAGCAGCCACCGCAGGAUAGCCGAGGCUUUGCACUUCGGGUUCAAGAGCUGCUUGGGUUAUCGCAAGGAGCACUUCGGGCCCGCGUCAAGCGCAUGUCGGAGGAGUUCUUGCGAGAUCUGCUGAAAGCCCUGGAGUGCUAUGAGAAGGGCGCAGUGCAAGUAGCCGGCGCAUGCAGUUCUGAUAGCAGCACACAGGCAUCUGACAGCGAAGCAGAGCCAUCUGAGGAAGCGGAGCCCAUGCUGGCCAUCUGCCAUGUACCUUCAGGCGCGCCUGAAGAGGAUGGUGAGGAUGCGAACGAGGGAGCCGUGGGUGAGAAGAGUAAAGAGCAAGGCAGUGAGAGAAAGCUUCUGCGGGGCAUCUGUAGGAACAAGAGGGACUGUUCCUAUCAGGCAAGUGUGGGUUUCAAGGGUGUUGGGGCAUACUCGCAAAGUAGUGUGGAUCUGCACAAGAUCAUCGACAUGCAUAUCAGCAUGGUACGAAUGCGACAGCGUUUCUACGAGCACUUGGCUGCUGGCCAUGGCUUCAAAGAGGCCCUCAGUGAUGCGGUCGCUGAGAUGCAUUCUGCCCGUGCCGCUUCGGAGGCUCCGGCCAUCCGCUUGCGCUUCCGCUGCAGCCGCACGACAAAGAGCAGCAAUCGAAGGCUGGACUUGGAGGAGGUCGUUCCCAUCUGGGAGUCUGAACAGGCAGCGCUUGUUGCUGCUCGCGAGGAGCGUCAGCGGCGAAGAAGCGAGAUGCAAGCAGAAGACCGGCGCAAGCAGGAGGAGCGUGAGGAGCAAGCGCGACAGCGUGCGAAAGAGCACAAAGAGAGAAAGGAGGACAGGCUGCGCAGGGCCGAGGAGAGGCGGAGGACCCAAGAAGCCAGACGACGAGUGCGAGAAGAGCAGGCCGAGGCCAGGGCGCAGCGCAGGGCCGCAGCCAGGGAAGGCAAGUUGGAGUUCCUGCGCCAUCUUCUGCAGGGCCACCUGCAGCGUGUCUGCACGCAGCGCGAGCGCGCGCUGCAGAAGGCCUGGGGGGUGAAGGUCCUUCCUGAGGGAGUGGCUUUGGCAGACCUGGAGGUCCCAGGCCUCCGGGACUGCGUCCGAGCUGAGCUCUACCUCAAAGAUGGAAAGCUCUGCAGCGGCCCACUCCGAAAGGAGCUCUCGUUGGCCAAGAAGGACUUCAAGGAGCUGUCCGCCAUCCAGCGCCAGAAGGGCGACGGGGCACUGGAAGCGGAGGUCCAACGGAGGGAGCUGGAUGCCAUGACCGCCUUCUUUGUGGCCGGCGUGUAG